CGCGACUACUUGAAGAAUUCUGAAUUCGAGUCCUUCAGGCCCUGGGGUCUAUGCUGGAUGUUGGAGUCAGUGUCACGGAAGGUCUCAAUCAGGCGCUGGAAGGCAGGCAGUGCCACAUAGACGGCACCCGAUAUCUAGAACAGCAGAUUGCAGAGCACUUCACAGAAGCAAACGGGGAUUCGAGGUUGUACGUAGGGCGCGAGGGCGUCCUCCCUGGACUAAACGCCUGGCCCAUUCCCCAUGACGCCCCUUACAGGGAGAAAUUUGAUGCUGUCUUCUUAGCUAUCAUAGAGGGGGGACUUUACAACAAGUGGAUGAAGGAUAUGUUGGACCAAGCGAGGACAGAAGGUCGCCAACGGAGGCGAGAAAAAAUCCAACAGCUGCUGUCUGAACAAAAGACGGUAGAAGAAGUCCCGUCAGACUCGGGGAACAGUAACGAGGCCAAGCCCCUGGCUAUCAUUCACCUCCAGGGACCACUUAUACUCGUGUUGCUGGGAGCAGCUGCCGGGUUUAUUGUCUUUCUCUUUGAAGUCCUCUCGAACUACCUUUCGCCAAAGCAGGGAGCUGGAAGCGGUGUACUACAGAUGCAAAAGCGAUCUCUCAUUUAGAGCUCAUCGCACUCACAGUACUUAACUGUCAUGGCGACUUUGUUGCUGCAUUGAAAAAUACUGUCGUUCAAGUCACUUUCGAAGUACAUUUAGAUGAUUCCAAAUA